UAACCCGGAAGUAGGCGCGACUCCGGUUCUGUAGAAGAAGAAGCAAGCCGCUAGCCUCUCUGUGCUGCAAGUUCGGAUUCUGUCUCUAGCCGGUCAACAUGGUCCAACUGGUGGGUCCCCUCCGAAAAGAACUCGCCGACUCCCUCUCCACCUGCAAGGUGCUGGUGGUGGGAGCGGGAGGUAUCGGCUGCGAGCUCCUGAAGAACCUCGUCCUCACCGGCUUCAAGAACAUAGAAGUGAUUGACUUAGACACAAUUGAUGUCAGCAACCUGAACCGACAGUUCCUCUUCCAGAAGAAGCAUGUCGGCAAGUCUAAAGCACAGGUGGCCAAGGAGAGUGCAUUGACGUUUUGUCCCACUGCAAAUAUCACUGCCUACCAUGACAGUAUCAUGAACCCUGACUACAACACGGAGUUCUUCAGACAGUUCAUCCUGGUGAUGAAUGCUCUGGAUAACAGAGCGGCUCGUAACCAUGUGAACAGGAUGUGUUUGGCAGCAGACAUCCCUCUGAUAGAGAGUGGCACAGCCGGAUACCUUGGACAAGUCACAGUCAUCAAGAAGGGACUGACUGAGUGCUACGAGUGCCAACCUAAACCCACCCAGAAAACCUUCCCAGGAUGCACCAUCAGAAACACGCCGUCUGAACCCAUUCACUGCAUUGUCUGGGCCAAGUACCUCUUCAAUCAGCUUUUUGGUGAAGAGGACGCAGAUCAAGAGGUGUCACCCGACACAGCGGACCCAGAGGCUGCAUGGAAUCCUGAAGACACAGCAGCUCGCGCCACAGCCUCAGAAAAGGACGGGGACAUCAAGCGAGUCUCCACCAAGGAAUGGGCCCGCUCCACAGGAUACGACUCCGUUAAACUCUUCCACAAGCUUUUCAAAGACGACAUCAGGUACCUGCUGACCAUGGACAAGCUGUGGAAGAAGAGGAAAGCCCCGACACCUUUGGACUGGCACCAGCUGAGGAACAGUGGUCCUAAGGAGGAGUCUGUGGGCUCAGGUUUGAAGGACCAGCAGGUUCUGAGUGUUUGGAGUCUUUGUAAGAUGUUCCAGCACAGCGUGGAGACCCUCCGCACAAUGCUGCAGGAGAAAGGAGAAGGAGCCGAGCUGGUGUGGGACAAGGAUGACGCCCCAGCCAUGGACUUUGUUACCGCAGCAGCCAACCUUCGUAUGCACAUCUUCAGCAUGAACACGAAGAGUCGCUUCGACGUGAAGUCCAUGGCAGGGAACAUCAUCCCAGCUAUCGCUACAACCAACGCUAUCAUCGCUGGACUCAUUGUGCUGGAGAGCUUGAAGAUCCUGUCUGGUGAACUGGAGUCCUGUCGCACGAUCUUCCUGAAUAAGUGUCCCAGCCUCAGGAAGAAGCUGCUGGUCCCAUGUAUCCUGGAUCCACCCUGCGCCAACUGCUACGUCUGCGCCAGCAAACCCGAAGUCACGGUCAAACUGAACAUCCACAAAACCACCGUCCUCUGUCUGCAGGACCGGAUCCUAAAAGAGAGGUUCGGCAUGGUGGCUCCAGAUGUUCAGAUAGAGGAUGGGAAAGGGACCAUCCUCAUCUCCUCAGAGGAAGGAGAGACAGACGCCAACAACCACAAAUUUCUCGCCGAUUUCGGGAUCCGCAAUGGCAGCCGCCUCCAAAUCGAUGACUUCCUCCAAGACUACACACUCCUCGUCAAUGUCCUGCACACUGAGGAACUGGAGCGGGAUGUGGAGUUUGAAGUCGUAGGUGAAGCCCCGGACAAAGCUCCGCCCCCUCAGCCAAACAAGGAAGAGGUUAACAGCGUCACUAAUGGCAACAAGGACUCCGCCCAGCCAUCCACCUCUUCUAAAGCUCCGGCAGACGAUGAUGACAUCAUGAUCGUUGAAUCUGAUGAGGAAGGGGCGUCGUCCAGCUCGGCAGCAGCAGCACCAUCCAGCGGCACCAAAAGGAGGCACUCAGACGCAGAAACCGGAGAGUCCUCCAGUAAACGUUUACGAAUGGACCAGUCGGGUGCAGCUGCUGCCCCUACCGAUGAUGAUGAUGAUGAUGAUGAUGAUGACAUCAUCGCUCUGGACUAACCCCUCCUGUCUGAAGGACUGAGAACUCUUUGAACGCUUACCGUUUUGACUCGAGACUGACAGGUUUGAAUAAAACACCUCUUUUAUGAAGAACAAUUUACUGCCCUGCUUCAUCUUUCGACACCUCCCCCCCCAACUCUGUGUUUGUGCUUUCAUACUCCAGCCGUUCUGACAUGAUGCUGUAAAUAGACUUUACAUUUUUAAAUGUUUUGAAAAAAACGGUAAACUUUUGUUAUCCAUAUUAUUCACUGGUCCCUAUAAAAUGCUUCUCUCAAAAAAGAAAGGAAAAAAAUGUUUUUGUGGUCUUUUUUUAUAAGCGUACUGUAUUUUUCAGUCAGGGUGUUUUGUGGUCAGGUAACAAAAAACCAAAACAUUUUCUUGGAUUGUAAUGAUGAUUGGUUGUAAAGGGACGGUGAGACCCAGGGUUCUGCAGCUUGUGCUACUGUAGGUGAGAUACAGAUGGAAAAUGGCCAUGAUGUUCAGGGGGUUGUUGGUCUGCUACCUCUUUUCUAGAGGUAAGGUGUUUUGGAUGCAAUUUCGUAAUCAUGCCUUCCAAAACUAUGCAACAAUGAGGCGUCCAGCUUUUAGAAAAGCAAAUAAAAGUGACAAAAUAGUUUAGGUGUAUCCUGAAGGCUAAUGAUACAGGCUAGUAGUAGUUUAAUGUUAACAUGUUACAGUCACUUUUUAUUAGCAUAAAUUGGUUAUUUUUAAGCAAAGAAGCAUUAAGAAAGAACCAGCAAGAAGUGGUUUGACCUGAAGCAGUGGUUGCUUUCAUACUGUAGAGGAAUCCUUCACUGAAGUAACAUGAGAACCUCUCGCACAAUGCACAGCAGUUGAGCUCCUGCGGUCUUCUCCAGUCCAUCUCCUGUUUCAGUGUCCAUCAUUUCAUAUUUCAUUGUGAUCUGACUUGUUUUUGAAAGGCUAAUGCCACUGGACCAACAAUAAACUCAACAAAAUGCA